AUGUCCGAGUCAAGACAUGCCGAAUCAGCUUCACCCCACGAUUUUGACAAAACUAGUAAAAGGUCAUGGUUUUUCAAACAGUUCUUUGUUAUCGUUCUUCCUGUGGCGGUGGUUGCGCUUCUCUACCGGCUCGACCCGUUCGAACCUGCUCGGCUACCUGCCCAAGAGCUGAGCCGGCCCACCUUAGCAGCCCCCGCGCGUUACGAGCACAUGAGACGAGGAUCUGAAACUUUGUCUGAGGGACACGUGGCGGGACCUGAAGACUUGGCUUACGACGCUACGGUGCGUGUCAUUUACACGGGGUGUGAGGAUGGGUGGAUCAAACGAGUCGGGUUGAAUGACUCGGGGGUUGAAAAUUGGGUCAACACUGGAGGAAGACCACUUGGGCUAGCUUUUGACCAACAUGGUGCGCUCAUUGUUGCUGACGCCGAUAAGGGACUGCUAAGAGUGACAAGAGAAAAGGAGGUUGAGCUGCUAGUGGAUGAGGUUCAGGGCUUAAAAUUCAAAUUAACAGAUGGUGUUGAUGUAGCACAUGAUGGUACUAUUUAUUUCACAGAUGCUUCAUACAAAUACUCAAUAAAGGAGUCCCUCUUCGACAUCUUGGAAGGCAAGCCAAAUGGUAGAUUCUUUAGCUAUAAUCCAGCAACAAAGAAGACAACCCUACUUGUCCGCGACCUCUACUUUCCCAAUGGAGUUGCAGUCUCACCGGAUCAACAUUUUGUGGUCUUCUGUGAAACUGUCCUGAUGAAGUGCAAGAAAUAUUACAUACAGGGCUCUAAAAAAGGAAGCAUAGAAAAAUUCUGUGAUCUACCUGGCAUGCCUGAUAACAUUCAUUAUGAUGGACAAGGGAAGUAUUGGAUUGGAAUAGCAACGGCCUUUACACCUGAUUUGGAUUUCAUAAUUAGAUACCCUUUCAUUCGGAAGGCUAUAGCAAUGGUUACAAAGUAUGUAGUGAGUCUACCUUUGUCGAGGAAUGGAGGAGUUAUAGCCGUCGAUUUGGAAGGAAAACCAACUGCACACUAUUAUGAUCCCGAAUUAUCAUUGACUAGUGUGAUUAAAAUCGGUAAACAUAUAUAUUGCAGCUCCAUUCUCUACAACUUUGUAAUACGUCUUGAUAUUGAGCAGUAUCCUGCUCUGCCCACAAUUUCAACAACAAAGAACAUCUCAUAA